CACUUCAACUAUCUGAGAAGUAUCUCUUCUUCAUUCCACAGGAACCUUGUGGCUUUAUGUCGCCUCAAGAUGGAAGGAAGUUGCGCUUCGGCAAUGAAUGCAGGAGGUCAGCAAGCAUUUAUCACCAGCUUCAGAGCAGAAGAUUUGGAUAAACUGACAGCACGACUGAAGAAUGGCCUGUGCAGAUCAAACUAUAAACCAGCAGAAUAUGAAAAAGUGCAAGCCAUGGUUGACGCUAAAAGGCUGGAGACUGCUUUAAUUGGAAAAAAGGUUAAGAAGACCCUGUGUGUAGCCAAGGAAAUUAAGGAGUGUGACAUAUUACGGCAGCACAGGCAGGUGUGGAGCAGAGAGUGCCUCAGGCUGCAAAAAGCAGAGCAAAAGGCUGAGAGUGAAAUGGGUGAUUUCAUAGAGAAUGUAAAGCCACUCGGCAUUGAAGACACUGCCAUCUUUUCACUCAAAGAAUACGAGGUGUUCCUUGAGAGGGACCGGAAAGCCUUUGUCAUCGGCACCGUGGAGCCAAUUCAUCAGCUAAAGGAGGACUUGCGCUUCAGGUUGGAGCAAGAACGGGAAACAAGCACCCAUCUAUCAAACUUGGAACAAGUGCAACAUCAGGUUAAUGUUGUAAAAGACCAGCAAGAUAUCAUAACUGCAAAACUUCAAGAAGAGUACUGUAACCUAGAAGAGGAAAUUACAGACCUUGAUUUGGAGAAAUAUUUGCCAGCCCUGGAUAGCUUGGUGAAAGACAACAUUCCCACAGAAGUUUUGGAAUCAGACUGCCCUUAUCCAGAGCUGAAGGACUCACUGAUCCAGGCCUUCCACUCAUUGUCAGAAAUCCACCAAGGUCGACUGCACUGUCUUCAAGAGCACCUGAAAAGAACAGACAAAUACUGUGGCUGGUAUCCAGAUGACCACUUCCGCUUCCAUUUCACCUUGUGUCAGUACACUCAAGAUAUACCCAACUACCGGGCGCUAUGCCUGCAUAUGCUUCAAAGGGUCUUCCCGGAGAAAAUUAAACAUGAUCUGAUGGAGCAUGAGCGUGCAUUGGCCACUCAGCGCUUCACCCAGAUUCAGAUAAAAGUCUUGACCCAGCAGUGGCAGCAGGACCAGGAAGAGCUCCUAGCUAAAGCCUUAGCCACUUUGCAGGAGGCGAGGGAUGCCUAUCAGGAAGAUCUGGAGCUCCAAAGAGACCGCCAGCAUCAGCAGGAAAUCUGUUUAUGCCUCAGAGAAAAGCUCAGGCAGUGGCAGGCCCAUCAGGAGGAGGUGGCCGAGCUGCAAGCAGCCAUUGCUGCCAGACAGCAGGAAGAAGCCGAGGCCAUUUUGAAGAGGGAGCAGGAAAAAGAGGCAGCCUUGCGGGCAUAUCAGAAGGAAAAGCUCCGGAAAUUUCAUUUGGCGCAGCAAAAGAGGAGGGAGGAGCUGGAGCAGAGAGAUCAGGAGAGGCUGGCUAAGCUAAGGAGUGCCAUGGAGGAACAGGCCAGGCAAGAUAAAGAGAGGGUACGCUUCCGGGCAGAGAUGUUGCAGCGGCGCCAGGAGGCAAGGGAGGCCAGUGACUUGGAACGUCAAAGGGAGGAAGCAGAGAGGCACAACCGUUUGGAAGCGCUCCGAAACCAGGUUGCCGUGGUGGCUGGGUCUGAUUCAGACAGAAUGAUGGGAGACACUCAGUCUUGGCGGAAUCGAAACUUGACUGUCAAAGAAGUUGAUAUCCAAAGGCCUCUCUUUGGACUCCACACUUACACAGAUGCACAGAUUGUCGCUGAUCCCAGAUUGCGGGUCGAGCAGGCCCUGAGGGAUGCUGGCUUGCACCACACCCAAUACGCCCAAGAGGUCCUGGCCCAAAUCAAGCCACCCAAACCACCACGACGAGACACCAAAUCUGAACUCCAGUUUUAAGCAUGCAAGUUGAAUGAUACUCCAGUUUUUCUUCAUGGGAGAAUGAGCACAGAGCCCCAUCGAGUCGUCCUUGACCUGAGAAGCAAAAGAUCCUCACCGCUUUGUCAUCAUGUACAUUUGAACAGCAGGUAACGUGGCGUCGACGUACCUUCGU